AAAUAAAAAUUACUCAUUUGUUACUCGCGGAUUUUGUGUUCUCUUCGGAAUAUGCUCUUCCUGCGAGCCAAGCAUCUGCUACUCGAGGCAUUCGCAUAUGCUUCCUUUCUUCCCCAACAAGCAGCCAAACUCGGAAUUUUGGCCCGCCGCCUCUUGCUUGGGCUCUUCUUCUUCCUCCUUCUUCACUUCCCCUUGCAAGUGAAUCAAGUGAGUAAGGAUCUUGUCCGAAUUCAGAUUCAAGGAAUCAAGGAUGGCGGCGGCGUCCAUCCUGGUCGUCCCCAAGCCGCAUCUUCCUCCGAUUUCUCCGAGAGAGAGCCCCAAGGCGGCGACGACCCUCAUCCCUCUCCGACGCCGUCUCCCAUUCCCCUCAUGUAGAUGCACUAGUGCCUCCUCUGCUUCCUCGGCCCCCGUCCUGCUGCGGGACGACGGCGACGAGCCUCCGCCGCCGACCUCGGAGGCCGACUCGCGGCCCCGCCGCAUCGCGCUCUUCGUCGAGCCCUCCCCCUUCGCCUACGUCUCCGGCUACAAGAACCGCUUCCAGAACUUCAUCAAGUACCUCCGGGAGAUGGGCGACGAGGUCAUCGUCGUCACCACCCACGAGGGCGUCCCCGCCGAGUUCCACGGCGCCAAGCUCGUCGGCUCCUGGAGCUUCCCUUGCCCCUGGUACAACAAGGUCCCGCUUUCCCUCGCCCUCAGCCCCAGGAUCAUUGGGGAGGUCGCCAGGUUCAAGCCCGACAUUAUCCACGCUUCGUCCCCUGGAAUCAUGGUGUUUGGCGCCCUAAUCAUCGCAAAGCUGCUCUGCGUUCCUCUAGUAAUGUCCUACCACACUCAUGUUCCAAUUUAUAUACCCAGAUAUACAUUCAGCUGGCUUGUCAAGCCCAUGUGGCUAGUUAUAAAAUUUUUGCACCGAGCUGCCGAUCUCACACUGGUACCAUCAGUUGCUAUCGGCAGGGAUCUUCAAGCUGCCCGUGUUACAGCAGGUUUGCAUAAAAGAUACAUACUGCUACCAUGUUUGUGUACUUCAAAUAUCAUCCUCUCACAGUGCAUGUUUCCAGCCAAUAAGAUACGGCUUUGGAACAAGGGUGUGGAUUCAGAAAGCUUCCAUCCCCGUUUCCGUAAUCAGGAAAUGCGUUCAAGGCUAACAAAUGGUGAACCAGACAAGCCACUGAUAAUCUAUGUUGGACGCUUAGGAGUUGAGAAGAGCUUGGAUUUUCAUAAGAGAGUCAUGGACAGACUUCCAGGAUCGAGAAUUGCAUUUAUUGGAGAUGGACCAUUCAGGCCUGUACUUGAAGAGAUGUUCUCAGGAAUGCCGGCAGUGUUCACGGGCACAUUACAAGGGGAGGAGCUAUCACAGGCCUACGCAAGCGGGGACGUGUUCGUGAUGCCUUCCGAGUCAGAGACGCUGGGUUUCGUUGUGUUGGAGGCAAUGUCAUCCGGAGUUCCAGUGGUGGCUGCUCGAGCUGGAGGGAUACCUGACAUUAUACCUGAAGAUCAGGAGGGGAAGACCAGCUUUCUGUACACACCAGGUGAUGUGGAUGACUGCGUCGGCAAGGUCGAACGCCUCCUAUCCUCUGAAGAGUUAAGACAGACAAUGGGGAAGGCGGCGAGGAAGGAGAUGGAGAAGUUCGACUGGAAGGCGGCGACGAGGAAGAUCCGGAACGAGCAGUACAGCGCGGCGAUCUGGUUCUGGCGUAAGAAGAGAUCGCAGCUGCUGAGACCCGUCCAGUGGCUCUUCCGGGGUCUCUUCAGGCCAGCUCCUGCGAACCAGUCAUAGAAGAUUCAUUGUAUUCAGUUACCAGAAUCAAUCGCUGAGUUGAUUCCAUCGGUUCAGUCGAAAGAAAAAGAAGGUAGAAAGAAUCAUGCUCGAGUAAGUUGGAGGUAAAGACAAGUUAACCAAGCUAGGUUUGUCCGGUGAUAGAUUCUAUUGUUUUGGUCAGUGCUAGUCCGGUGAAUUGUAAGAACCAAAAGGUACAUCAAAAGAUCCCAUGCAGUGCGUCUGUAAAAGUUCUCCCACUGUCUGCCUUCUUUCAUGCUCCCUAUCAGCUAGUUUACGUUUUUGCA